UGGGCGUUGAGUUUACUGGUGAGUGGACCAUGUCAAGCUGUGGCGCUUCCGACGCGAACAACAACAAAGGCUGAUGAAUUGAUGAAGUUCAAAACUGAAAUAGUACGCCGUAUUUGCUCUCGCAUAGAGUUUUCAUGUAUAAUGCCCCUGGUUCAGUAACGUUAAUGUUAUAGUUCCCGUCGAGAGGGAAAUGAAGUCAAGUUUCAGUUGCUUUGCCUCGAUCGGCUCAUCUGGUAAAUGAACCUAGUAGCAUAUUCAACUCAGCUGCCGAACUCAAAAGCUGGAUGGUCUGUUACCAAAUAGUACAUCAUCUGUGAUACAUAAAAAUGAUUCGAAUCGCGGCAUUGAAUGCCGCGUCGACAGCUGCAGAUGAGUCUCAAGACCCGUUGAGAAGUAAAAAAAGUCGAACAAAAGAGGCUCAGGAGGCAGAGGCUUUUGCCUUGUAUCAUAAAGCUUUAGAUCUACAGAAACAUGACAAGUUUGAGGAAUCCGCCGUGGCAUAUCAUGAGUUGCUUAAAACGCCACUCCUCAAAGAGGCUAUGCCCUCGGAGGAUCAGAGCUUGGGUCUCAAGCAUCCCGGAUUGAUGUUGAAGUAUUCCACAUUUAAAAACCUGGCUAGUAUGGCUGCAUCACGAGAAGACCUGGAGACAGCGAUGGAGUUUUACUUAGAGGCCGUUUUGCUGGAUUCCACUGAUGUGAAUAUGUGGUACAAAAUUGGACAAGUGGCUGUCCGACUCCUGCGUAUUCCUUUGGCCCGGCAUGCCUUUGAGGAGGGAUUGCAGUGCAACCCAGACCACUGGCCCUGCCUGGACAACCUGAUCACUGUUCUCUACGCACUCUAUGAUUAUACCUGGUGCUUGUACUUCAUCAGUAAAGCCCUUGAAAAGGAUCAUUGUUACACAAAAGGCCUGGUGUUGAAGGAGAAAAUCUUUGAGGAGCAGGCCAGUCUCAAAAGGGAAACGAUGCAAAUGUUCAAGCGAUGCGACAUGUCUGUCCACUACGUCGAAGUGGAAGAAGAGGGGAGCAAAUCCAUUGUGGAAGAGGCUCUGGAUUUACGAAAACGCAGACAGGCUCUCUCUUACACGGAACCAACCCCUGACCUUGUCUUGAUCAAGCCUAUCCGAUGUCUGACGUGGAAGCAUGUGGGUGAAAGCCUUAUUGCAAUGUAUAGCUAUCAAACCACAUGUGGGCCGCCACGGCUAAGUCUCGGGCGCAGGAUUGACUUGUCUGUAUACCGUGAACGAAGCUUCUUCCAAAACCUGCCUGAACCCACAAGUCCCAUCAGCACAGUCCAGACGACGGUGUUGAGCAGCAGCCCCAGCUCAUCUCUGCCACCGACUGUCCUUCCUGAGCCAUCAGCGCUUUCACAACCUGCCAUCCAACCACAAAUCACGAUUGUGGAAACACUCACAGCUUCUCCUUCUGUCGACAAGGCAAAGAAAGCACCAAAAAGAAAACGUGCAGUAGAAGAUAAUGUUGAGACCGCUAAGAGACGUUCAGCACGGGUUCGGAACACUAAAUGCAAAAAAGAAGAGAAGAUUGAUUUUCAGGAAUUGCUGUUUAAGUACCUUCCUUCAAGGUUAAGAAAGUUUGAUCCUGAUAAUGAAGAUGAAAGUCUGAGUAAUCUUGAGCCACAGUGCAAUGGGAAGGAUGACAUGCAGCCUCGACUUGGGAGCUGCGUUCCAGUUGAUGCAGUUAAUUUAAUGGAAUCUGAACAGCAGGAUGUUCAUAACUUCCUUCUUCAAAAUAUGACCAAUGGAGGAAUACUUGACCUGAUGUUGUGCUAUCUGAAAGCAGUGGGUCAGAAGUUCAUGGAGGAAUGGCCUCCGGGUAUGACUGCUGUGGUGCAGGAGGUCUACCAGGCUUGGAGAAAGCACAGCUGUGGCCUUCCUAACCCUUUGUUUCGAGACUGCAGUAAGCAGCACAUUCGGGAAAUGUUGGAAAUGAGCUUGGCAUGUAUGGAAUUACAGUUGGAGCAAUGGUUGCACAACAAAGGCAAGACUGUGACAUCAAGAAGAAGCUCAAGUUCCUGCAAUGACACAGCAGAAAACGAAUUCCCUGGGCAACAUUUCCAGGCGGACGUCUUGCUCCUGGCUUUAGGUUCAUCCCAAAAAGAUUUGUUUGACGACAACUGGUUAGACUUCAUGGUGCGUGUUUACUGGCUGAAGGCUAGAUCGCUUGCUCUCCAGGGAGACAUGGAACUGGCUCUAGAGAGCUAUGAUGUCUGUACAGGACUGUUGCAGAGCAAAUCCAAGCCCCCCGAAGGCAGAUAUUAUACCAUAAGACUGCCUAAUUUAAGGGUAGAUUCAGCAAUAUCUAUUGAGGAGAUUGACAAAAGAUUGAAGUCUUUGGAGCGCUGUCAGUCAUUGGAGGAAAUCCAGCAUCUCUUUGAGUCUGCAGACUUUGAGUCGGUUGUGCGCUUGUUGCAGCCUACUCUUAAUUACGGCAGCAGGAGUAAACAUUUGGAGUUUGUUAGCUCAGCACCAGAACGUCCAGCUCAGCUUCUGCUGCUGCAGAGAUCACUGUUGAGGCUCCAAGACUACCAGCAAUGUCUAGAGACAAGUGAGAUGGCUCUAAAUGAAGCUCUGCAGCAGUUCAACUCUUCUGCAAGUAGCUCCCCACCUGUGAAGGAAGAAUGGGUCUGCACCAUUACGAAGCUGCUGGAGGGCAUCGACGUCUGCUUUACCAAAGACUCAGAGCUCCUUAGCAACCUCACCCACUUCUCCAGUAUGGCUCGGCUAGCAAACAAUCUUAUUCAGCUGAUCGAUCUUAGCAUGACCAUUUCCGACGAUCCUAAAGAGCCUUAUUUCUUCUCUGUGCUGCCUUGGAUUAUUUUAUAUCACAUCAUCAAACAUGAAGAAGCGGCGUUUAAUGCAAUGCUUCAACAACAUAUGUCCGUCGGGGAUGAGGAAGAUGACUCAGACUCUCCGAUGCUGCCAUCCUCCCUUAUGCUUCUGAAUACUGCUCAUGAGUAUCUUGGUCGUCGCUCCAUGUGCUGCUGUUCAGAUGGUUCACUCCUCAAGUUUUUCGUUCGAGUUUUGGAAAAAGAGUUUGCCACCACUGACUCUGCCAACAAUAUUUGUCAUGCCUACAAAGAGGAGUUGGAGAUGGCUUUAGAACAGUGCUUCUUCUGUCUAUAUGCCUAUCCUAGUAAAAAGAGCAAGGCCCGCUUCCUUGAAGACCACUCCUCUCCACAGGUUGAGCUGCUUUGGGGUGAUGCCCUUUUCAUGUUCCAUUAUUUUAAACCAAAGUCACUGCCGGAGUUUGACAGCUACAAAACAAGCACCGUUUCUGCAGAUUUAGCUAAUCUGUUGAGGAGGUUUGCAGGAAUCGCCCCCCCAAGUGAAACUCCUACUCUCACUAUGGAUGAGGUUGCAGCCUACAUUGAGGGCCUGACAAAAAAGACCCCAAGCCUUCCUGAGGGUAGUCUUCCACCCCCUCCAAUCAUUAAUGAGGUCUACUACUUGCUGGCUGAUUAUCACUUCAAGAACAAGGAGCAGUCCAAAGCCAUUAAGUUUUACAUGCAUGACAUCUGUGUUUGUCCGAACAGGUUUGAUUCCUGGGCAGGAAUGGCCUUAGCUAGGGCCAGUCGUAUUCAGGAGAAGCUCAACUCCAAUGAGCUAAAAAGUGAUGUACCCAUAUGGAAACACUCACAGGCUGUGCUCAACUGCUUUAAGCGGGCCCUAGAGAUAGACGGCUCCAACCUGUCGCUCUGGAUCGAGUAUGGAACCAUAUCAUAUGCUUUGCACUCCUUUGCUUCACGUCAGCUAAAGCAGUGGCGUGAUGAGCUUCCACCCGAGGUGGUAAAACAGAUGGAGGACAGGAGAGAAUCCAUGUUAGAGACUGCAUCUCAGUGUUUCCAAGGAGCUUCCCAGUGUGAGGGGGACAGCGAUGAAGAAGAGUGGCUCAUCCAUUACAUGCAGGGCAAGAUAGCAGAGAAACGCAAACUGACACCUGUGGAAUAUCUGAAGCUUUACAAAAAGGCAGCACACUUUCUGCAUGAAGAGGCUGCCAGGUAUCCUCGUAAAAUCCAUUAUCACAAUCCACCUGACCUGGCUAUGGAGGCCCUGGAGUUACACUUCCGGCUUAGUGCCACCAUUUUAAAGCUGCUGCAGACUAAUGAGCCCAAUCUGGACCAUGAAGUCUUGUUCAGUUUACUGGUUGAAGCUGCGACAGGGCCCUUUGCCAAAGGGGAAGAGAAGAGUAUGCCUAGCAUACCAAGGUCUACUGAAAAGGAGAAAUCUACCUCUGUGAUAGAUGAAGACCUUAAUAGUUCCUCGGUAGGCGUAGGCAACGUCCUCAGCUCUUCCCUUCCAUCAGUUGCCACUCCAGGUGUGACAUCCCCUCUCUACGUCGCCACACCAUUUGACCACGAUUACGCCAAACGCAAAACUCUCCGACGGCAGCAGUGGCAGCAGCAGCGGCAUGAGGAACAGCAGGCUGAUGCCUCACCAGAGUUUGACCAUGAUUACUGCUUGCCCAGGUCUUCAAUGUGGCUGGCUUCCCUGAAUGAGCGCAGUCAGGACAGCGAGGUGGUAAUGCUUUCUGACUCCAACUCCACCCAGGAUGCUUUCACAGAUCCAACAAGCUCACAAGACAGUAGUCACAAACCUGCCUGCGGGAAAGUCAGUACAUCAUCAUCAUCGGAGAGCACAACGCCUGUGAAGGAAGGGCAGCCUGCGUCCGACAAUACGGAGUCGCAUGGCGAUCAGACUGUCCAACAGACAGAGGAAAACCUGGUUGAGGAAAUCGUGGAAAUGGUGGUGGUGACCCUCCCUGAGGCUUCGAUUCCCCAAAUCUCUGCAAAUGUCUGCCUCCCGCCUGUGCUUGUACCAGCCACUCCUCCGAAAGCAGCUACCUCUCAACAGCCUGCUUCUCAAACCCCAGCCAGCGAAGGCAAAAAGAAGCCAGAGCCACCCGCCGAGGUGAUUGAGGUACCCAAGGCUCUGCCUGCAGAACAUGCGGACCAGAAAAAAAUGCUGGUGGAAAUGUGCGUCCGCUCUCUUUUCCUCUGCCUUGGGCGGUUUCCUCAACAUUAUAAGAGUCUCUACCGCCUGGCUUUCUUUUACACCAACAGCAAAACCCACCAGAACCUACAGUGGGCCCGAGAUGUGUUGCUAGGAAGCAGUGUCCCAUGGCAACAACAGAAGCACAUGCCUGCACAAGGACUCUUCUGUGAAAGAAACAAGACAAACCUGUUCAAUGGCAUCUGGCGUAUUCCAGUAGAUGAAAUUGAUCGCCCAGGAAGCUUUGCAUCUCAUAUGAACCGAUCCAUUGUUCUCUUGUUGGAGGUGCUAUCACAACUCAAGGAUCACGACACCUUGCUGAAAGUGUCUUUCAUGCUGCAGAGAACCCCUGACCAGGGAAAAAAAUAUUUACGCGAUGUUGAUCGCCAGGUUUUGGCCAAGAGGGCAUUUUUCCUCAAUGUAAAAGUCCUGGAGGACAAUCUGAACAGUCUCAGUGGGGUGCAGCUUCCCAAAGCAGCGACCACCUCCAUGGGGGAGAUGACCACGGCGGCCGCAUCCAGCAGGCCAAGUUCAGAGGACAGCAAACAUGCGCUGCCCAAGAAGGGGGUGCUCACAGAAGGGACCUGUACCACUGACACUGGACGCAAGGAAGGCUCCCUACCACAACGUCCUCCACUCGCACCAUCUGCAGAUAAAGAUGGCAAAUUUGAGAAUCAACCUGGAAAGGUGGAACCUGUUACGAGUGAAGGGCACAGAACAGGGCCAGAGGAGCCAAUGGAUUUGGAAUCUGGCCAUUGGAGGAGACCAUCAACAACCACAGAUACUCAAGACAGGGAAGCAGAGGCACCGGUCUCUCUGGGUACAAUAGAGCCCCAGCAAAAAGUCUCUGACAGCAGCCGGACAUCGGAGCUGUCUCUUGAAGAGCUAAGUAUUAGUUCCAGGCAGCAACAGCUUCAGUCUUCGGCAAGCAAGGCCACUUUGACAGCUAGCAGCCCUGAUCAAGUUUUACUUCGAAGGCCCAGCAGAAAAAGGAAACUUUUAGAGGAUGUAGAGUCUGGAAAAACCCUCCUACUUGAUGCCUACAGAGUUUGGCAACAAGGCCAGAAGGUUAUGACCUAUGACCUAGGUCGUAUUGAAAAGAUCAUGUCAGAGACGUACAUGCUCAUAAAACAGGUUGAUGAGGAUGUGGCUCUGGACCAGGCUAUGAAGUUUUGCCAGAUACAGUUGGCUACUUCUGCCCAGCGACAGCCCAUAUGCGACGCGCCUACCACGCCUAAAUACAAGGAGCACAGAGAUCUCUUCUUCCCUGCCUCUCUGCCAACGCCGAUUCUGCUCGGCCACGCCACCUGCCACCCAUUGUCCAACCAGGACGGCCAAGCCAAAGUGAUGUUUGAGCCCCUGAGCAAGUUACCCAGACCUCAAACGUCGGGCUUCCAUGAUCAGCAACCACAGAGGAGAAUGGCUUGCCACCCUGCGGCAGCAGCAGCAGCUUUGUCCUUCUUACAACACACAGAGGAGCGUGAAGAGCUCACAGAGGGGCUCUUGUACCGACAGCAGGAAUCGCACCUCUGUCAGCAGAUGAAACUGGCCACCGUGUCCCAGGCGCGGGAAGCAGCAGCAGCAGCCGGCUGGUACCGGGAGGAAACGGCCACAUGUAGCAGCAGCGGCAGCAGCACGCAGCAGUGUACAGACCAGCAGCACUAUGCCAGCACUGAUCUGUCAAAGCUUCCAGACCCCAGUCGAAUCCGCUCCCGUGUCCCGCCUAACAUGCCAAAGCUCUUCAUCCCCUCCACUGUCACUAAGUUCCCCCCGGAAAUCACAGUGACUCCCCCGACGCCCACGCUUCUCUCCCCCAAAGGCAGUAUCUCGGAGGAAACCAAACAAAGGCUAAAGAAUGUCAUCCUAUCGUCGCAGUCUGCCGCCACGGUCAAGAAGGACACUCUGAGCCAGCCUUGCCUGGAGGUGCAGGAGACAUCCAGCCAGGAGUCUUCACUGGAGAGCGAGUCGGACGAGGAGGACGAUUACAUGGACAUCUGAGACUCUCCAGGCCUCCUGUGUGGAAAGACCUUUGAGCGUUUAUUCCCAAUCCUUCAAAUCGAACCGAAGGUCCAUUACUAGCACUCUCAAUGUCCUCACUGCAAUUCAGCGUAGUAGUGUCCCGCAAUUAUACCUUACUAGUAACUAUUGUGCUUCACUAGUAACACCAUUGGCCCGACUAAUAGGCAUCUGUCACACGCUAGUAACCUGAUCAAGGAUCGCCAAUAAACGUUCAAACGGCUUUCCAUAAAGCUGCUUGAGCAUUUAUCGGCUAACCAACUUAAGGUUCACGUAUCCGUAUGCUCCUUAUCCUCACUAGCAAGUCAAGUCAGCACACUAGUAGAACUUUGUCUGACUAGUCAUGGUUUUCAACUACUAGUACACAUUUGAAUUGUAUUAGUUUGAGCGCUCGCAUCUUUAAAAAGUACAAACAUCUGAUGCCAUUUCAAUCGUAAUCAAUACGAGCAUACAAAUAUUCAGUGUACCUUUCACACCACCACAGGUUAACACACGUUCUACCGUAGGGGUUAUUUUUCACUUAGUUGGGGUUCCAUUUACUUGAAACAUAUCGACAUUGGAAACUGCGUAAGGUUUAUUAAACGCACCAUUAGAACUACUUUGACAUACUAGUUGGACAACUACACGUUACUAAUGUUGAAAACUGCACACAUUGAUCACAGAGCGCUGAGCGUCUUACGAGUGACAUUAUGAAAUUCUACUAGCUAUCAUCUUGCCCUUCACGAGGAGUACUUGCAGUAGUGAAUGUCAACCAGCGGAGUUGUUGUCAAACUUUUUAUGCCAAGUAUCACCUAAAAAACAAUAUAGAGUGCCACACAUGUCAUCAUGAUGACCAACAUUAAAAUCCAGUGAUGUAGUACGUCUAAAAUAAUAAUCGUGCAAGUCACUCAAACAUUAUGCACAUUACGAGUACAGUAUAGACAAAUUGUACAAAAAAGUUCCAAACAACUGACCUGUUUUUGUGCGGUAUACCUUCAAGUACCACAAGAGUGAGCCAGAGUACCUCUAGUGGUACUUUGAAAAUCACUGAUCCAAGUGUAGAGUUUUAAGCUCACGAGUAAAAUAUGGUUGUCCGACAAGUGCGCUGAAUUGUCUCAGGACAGAAAGUGUGCUAGUACAUGGACCUUAAGUUGAAUGUCCAGGACAUCGAAUAAAUCCUCAAACAGCUUUCCGUACUCCUGUGCUAGCGGACCGCACUCGACUGACUUUAUCAAGCACUGCGGGGUUCUUGUUGCUGGAGAACACGUCGCUUACGCUUUGGAUUUGAUUGAUGCCAUUGUUGCCCCUCCCCGUCAACUGAGAGAAUGCAGUAUUCUCAUGGGCUCUGGCCAUGUCACAGUGUGGCCCAGCUUGCGUGAAUUAGCAGAGCUUUAGUCUCAGCAUGACUCUAGCGUGCCAUUUAUGCAUAUUACAGCGGCACGCCCAGAAGCCCGUCACCCAUUUAUGCCUCACCAUUUCUGCGGUCUGCCCCGAGCUGCACCUUUGUAACAUGGGAUGAGGACCGAUGCCGGUUGUGGUACAUUUCAACGGACAGUACAGGUGACAAAAGGACAGUCACCGCACAACGCUGUAACCUGUAGCACACAUGGGAAAUGUUUACACUCAACCUUGGGUCAGCUGAACUUUUGUACUCACCGUGUUCCUGCAAGGAUAUAUUGUUUCUUUCUCGGUAGUGCAUCUGUAGCUGUGAGGUUCUCACCAGGGAGACGCCCGUCACCAGCACUGAUGUGAAUGAUGUUGAAAGAGGAAGUUUUGUACAUAUCGGAAUCCAAAUGUCUUUGGCAGCAGUAGUGUGUGUGUGUGUGGGUGUGGGUGUGGGUGCGCACGCAAGAAAUUGAGAUUGGCUUUAAUUCUAAACCCAUAACUGAAUUCACUCGAAUUCAUGCAUGCUGAAGUGGUGUCUCGAAAUUCCGAUGCCUUUUCAUUGGUCAAUUUGUCACGUUACUCAGUGGAAGACAACAGAAUGUUUUUUUACUACCGGUAAUUGUUUUCUAUCAAAAUAAUGCUAUCUACUGAGUUGUUGUUGUUGUUUUUUUAAACGUGGAAUCAAACUGUAAAUGCAAAAACUAGAUGAUUAGUCUUGACAUCAAAACCUUUUUAUAUUUUUAUUUCGUUACAUGGUUGUUGCAUUAAGGUGUGUGAUAUUGUUCUGUUUUUGUUUUUGUUUUUUUUCUGCUGAGCUUUUGGAAAUGUACCCCAGCUGAGAGCUUGCCUCAGUCUAUCAUGGAUGGCUAACCAAAAAUAUCUUUGAAAAUGUCAAGACUUUGUUCUGCUAUUGGCUAUUUUAAAUGCAUCCCAAUGUCUCAUGACAUGGAGCAAUGUGGCAAAUCACACCGUGUUUAUAUCUAUGGUGAGUUUGAGGUCUGCGGGAGAGUUGGGAAGACCAAUGCUGAGCACCAGCGACACCACAACAACGCAUGCUGACGUGUGACAUCUUUGUCAAGUAUAGUGAUCUGUCAUGGAAUUAACUAAAUCACUUCUUAAUGCAUGUCUAAACACUUCCUUUGUAUCUUGACAUUUUCACAUGUAGAAACAAAUCUUCCAUUCCACAGUAUUAAAAAAUUGCUACUGUUCAGCCCAAGAUACCUCUUAACUCCUAAUUUAGGUAUUUGACCAAAACUACAAUGGGAUGUGUUUACACUUCAACUUGAAUUACAUUAACCCUAGAAAUUAUGAAUCAAGCAUUAUCUUUUUUUAAGGCAUGUUCAAUAAAAGACAAAGCCUCAACUACAAAUAGUUUGUGGCUGUUUACAUCUUUACGUCAAUACAAGUGGUCAUAUUGGGGUCCACCGGCUGUACAAGUCACACUUUCUCUUAAAUUACUUAAUCAGAUUUGUCAUGUUGUCUUGUUUGGGUUCAUUCAUGCCGUAUACGGGUGCUCGUCAAAAAAAGUAGAAUAUCAUGAAAAAGUUGAUUUCAGUAAUACUAUUCAAAAAGUGAAACUUGUGUAAUGCAGUAUUCAUUCCACACAGUUGAUACAUAUCAAGUGUUCAUUCAUUUUAAGUUAGAUGAGUAUAUCCAUCCAUUUUCUGAUCUGCUUAUCCUCAAAAAGGUCGCGGGGUGUGCUGGGGCCAAUCCCAUCUGUCUUCGGGCACCCUGAACCGGUUGUCAGCAAAUCACCCGGCACAUAGAGACAAACAACCAUCCGCGCUCACACUCACACCUAGGGGCAAUUUAGAGUGUUCAAUAAGCUUGCCAUGCAUGUUUUGGAAUCUUGGAGGAAACCGCAGUACCCGGAGAAUACCAUCAGAAGGCACGGGAGAACAUUCAAACACAAGAAAGCUGCAAUGGAACCCUGCACCUCUGCACUGUGAGGCCGAUGCGUUCCAGUUGACCACCGGGCCGCCCCCAAAUUAACAUGAAUUAAGACUUGAAACGUAUCAGUCUGUGUCAAACGAUUGUCAGCAUGGCACAAGUUUCACUUUUUGAAUAACUGAAAUAAAAAUUUUGAGCACCUUUCAUACCUAUUUAACAGUUAAGAUAAAACUGAUUCAAUCACGGUAUGGGAUAGUCCAUUUGGUUUUUGUUUAAUUGGUAUAUUCGAGCUGGAAAUGACUGCAAGUGGCAAUAUACUUGAGCGAAGUUAUGUGAGGGCAGAGUUGUCAAACUUGUCAUUGCACAUCAUACCGUGAACAAAAAUUUAAAUGCAACUCUUGGUUUGGCUGCAAUUUUUCCUUUUUCAGGUGUACACAGAGGGCAUCUCUUUUGCUAGUAUCAAUCUAUUCACCUCACAGGUGUGGCAUAUUAAGAUACUGGUUCGAAGGCAUGCAUAUUGCAUAGGUGUGCCACAGGCUGCCCACAAUAAAAGGCCACUCCAAAAUAAGCAGUUACAGCUGCACUUUGUGUGGUAUUCAAAAUGAAACGGGCUGAAAACCUUGUUUCUGCUUUUUAGUAGAUCGAUGCAGAAACGCAUGAGUAACAGUUUGAAUAGUCUGAAUCAUGGAUGCGCAACUUAAAAGCUGGAGGUAGCCACAAUUUUUCAUUCAUGCUACUGGGGGCUACGUAGGAUCAUGUACGUGAGGAUUUGAAUGUUCAAAAAAAAAAAUACA